CAAAUAACCCUCCACCCAGACACAUCACCCCUUAAAAAUACAGGUUGGAAAUGGAUUAUGGCAGGGUUUCAAGCUUAUGAUAAGAUAAAGAUCAUAGUCGUUGGCGAUUCUGGUGUUGGAAAAACUUCACUAGUACAUUUAAUGUGUCAUAAUGAACCAAAUUCUAAUCCAGGUUAUACUAUCGGUUGUUCAGUAGAGGUCAAGCUUCAUGACUAUAAAGCUGGAACUCCAUCAGAGAAAACAUACUUCACAGAAUUGUGGGAUAUAGGUGGAUCAUCAAGUCAUCAGAACAGUCGAUCAAUAUUUUACAAUAAUGUAAAUGGUAUUAUUCUCGUCCAUGACUUGACGAACAGAAAAUCUCAUCAAAACCUUAGAAGAUGGCUGGGUGAGGUUCUAAAUAAAAAUGAUGCAAAAGAUUUCAAUAGUGGGUAUGAUUUUGACCCAGAACAGUUUGCUGGUAACCAGAUACCUAUACUGUUAGUAGGAACUAAGGCUGACCUUGCCCAGACCUUGAGAGAAAAGGUCAUCUCAAGGUCAUCUUCCAUAGCUGAGGAAUGUGGUGCUGAUGAAAUGAACUUGGAUUGCAACGACUGUAAAUGUCUAUCACCAGGUUCAACAAAUGCUGUAAAAUUGUCCAGAUUUUUCGACAAGGUCACUGAAAGGAGAUUCUACAGUCAUCAAGUGCCACCAAAUCAGUUUGGCAAUGUUAUUAAAAGGACACCUUGCACAUACAGAGAGAAGGCGGGGACAUAUGAAGAUGUUUCAUAAUGAUUGAUAUAUUAUAUGCUGAAUGUUAACAUUUGUUAAAUGACAUUUUUGUUUUUAAGUUAUUGAAAUUAAUGAUGGCUAAAUGAAUACAUUUUUCUGUAUAUAUUUAUGAUUGCGAAACAUUUCUGUUUAAAUUAUAGCUGGGUAAAUCUGCAAUAAAAAUUCACAAUCUA